GAGCCAUAUGUUGUAAGUGGUAAAAUGAUAAUAUGGUUAAUUAUGUCCAAAAUAAUGCGUCAGUCUGAUGCAAACUUCUCUACAAACAUAUAAAAGUGCCGCCUCCUCCAAUGCAAUAUCUUUUGAUUAGUCAUUUCGAGUCACAAGAGUCGCGUGUUUACAAAAUUCACCGGGAAAAAUGAAGGAUGAUUUGAACCCAAUUGAGGACUUUUUCCUCUUAGAAAAAAGCCCGAAUUUUUCGGAAAUAUUGUGCGACAACACCGAUUUAAGUUUGAAUGAUUUAGACGAGCAACUUAACAAUUUCCUGACCGAUAAUUUAAUCCCUGACAGUGACAGUUAUUCAGUAUUAGGGGUUGAUCUUAAUUUAUCGUACAAUGAGGAUAAUUCAAGUACCAGUAGUACCAACAUUGAAAAUUUGGAUUCAUGGGUGAUUGAAACUGUCGACAAUAUGGGCUACAAUGACACUUGCUUCGACAAUGUCAUUUCUGAGACAAUCCAAGGAACUGAAAUAAUUGGAAUUAACUUGCAACCAACUGAAACUCUCGAAAUCCUCAACAUGUUCCCCCACAUCACCGAUGAAAAAAACAUAAAACGAAGAUCCCUCCUGUACGAACGCACUACAAAGAUCGACAAAUGUGAAGACGAAAUGAAGUACAAAAAAAACUGUGCGCUUUUAACCCACGACUACGCCAAUAAAAGAAACGACGAUGACAAGUACUUCCCCUGUUCAGUGCUCAAUUGCGAUAAAGUCUACACGAAAUCGUCGCAUCUCAAAGCGCAUCUGAAGCGACAUUCGGGGGAAAAACCCUUCGUCUGCAAUUGGGAAAACUGCACUUGGAAGUUUUCACGAUCGGACGAGUUAGCAAGACACAAAAGGUCGCAUCUCGGGAUUAAACCGUACAAAUGCGAAUUGUGUGAACGGGCCUUCGCCCGGUCUGAUCACCUCGCUAAACACCAUAAAGUGCACAAGAAAAAAAUGGCGCAGUUUGGGAACUACCAGAUCAAACGCCGGAUCAGAGUGUCAUAAUCGCAUUCCAAGUAUCAAUAAAAUUGUUAAUCAUUAUUGCGUUUUCUUUGGGGGGAAAUUGAAACAGAAACUAUUUUUCGUGAUUUUCAUUCAAAAUAAAUAACAAUA